AUGGCAUCGUCAUCUAAUGAUCAUUCUGAGGAUAUAGAAGAAACAUUUGAUCAAUAUUUUGAUCAAUAUUUUGAUCAAUAUUUUGAUGAAACGUUCGAGAAUCUUGUCAAUGAUUCUGGUGAUCAACAAGAAAGGAGAAGAAGAAAAAAACGUGCUUAUAUUGAAAGAAACCGUGAAGCGGGCAAUCUUCGUCUGUGGAAUGAUUAUUUCAGUGAAACUCCAACAUACCCUGAUAAUCUAUUCCGCCGACGAUUCAGAAUGAACAAACCGUUGUUCAUGAAAAUUGUUGAUCGCCUCUCCAAUGAAGUGGAAUUCUUUCGUCAAAAACGAGAUGGUCUCGGAAGGCUUGGUCUCUCUACACUUCAAAAAUGUACAGCGGCCAUUCGUGUCUUGGCAUAUGGUACAGCCGCUGAUGCGGUUGACGAAUACCUCAGACUCGGUGAAACUACUACUCGAUCAUGUGUCGAACAUUUUGUGGAAGGAAUAAUAUAUUUAUUCAGCGAUGAAUACCUGAGAAGACCAACUCAAGCUGAUCUUCAACGCCUCCUUGAUAUUGCUGACUGUCGAGGCUUUCCGGGGAUGAUAGGUAGCAUCGAUUGUACAUUAAAUGAUAUCAAUGUUCUUGAUCGCUCACCGCUUUUUGAUGAAAUAAUAAAUGGUCAAGCUCCGCAAGUCACUUUCUCUGUCAAUGGAAGAGAGUAUCAUAUGGCGUACUAUCUCACCGACGGUAUUUAUCCAAAAUGGGCAACUUUUAUCCAAUCUAUUCCAAUACCACAAGGGCCGAAAGCGAGAUUAUUUGCUCAACAUCAAGAAGCUGUACGAAAAGAUGUCGAGCGUGCUUUUGGAGUAUUGCAAGCUCGCUUUGCCAUUGUUAAAAAUCCAGCGCUUUUUUGGGAUAAAGUCAAAAUCGGAAAGAUUAUGAGAGCAUGUAUCAUACUCCAUAAUAUGAUCGUUGAAGACGAACGAGAUGGGUACAAUCUAAUUGAUGUUUCAGAGUUCCAACAAAGAGAAGACACCGGAACUUCACAUGUCGAUCUCGCUUUUUCAACGGAUAUGCCUACAAAUAUCGCCAAUAUGAUGGGUGUUCGAACAAAGAUUCGUGAUAGACAAAUGCAUCAACAACUCAAACAUGAUUUGGUUGAACAUCUGUGGACUAAAUUUGGAUCUGAUGAAGACAACAACUGA